CCGUCCCCUCCUCGGAGUCCCGACUGAGCGCGAGCGCCACACGGCCGGGGCCGCCACCGAGCGCGCCAAGACGCCAAGACGCCGAACAGGUGGCCGGAGGCUGCAGGCGCCCGGGCGGGGCCAGGCGAGGCCAGGCGAAGGCGGCCGGGCUGGACAUGGUAGCCGGGCAGUUCGGUGCUGCCGCCUGCUCGCGCCCCUAGCCGCCGGCGCGGCGGCCCCACCGCGCCCUGCCUACAGUCUCCCGGCCCAGCGCCGCUCCGGCCACGGACAGCGAGGGACGGCGGCAUGAAAGUGACCGUGUGCUUCGGGAGGACCCGGGUGGUCGUGCCGUGCGGAGACGGCCGCAUGAAAGUUUUCAGCCUCAUCCAGCAGGCGGUGACCCGCUACCGGAAGGCCGUGGCCAAGGAUCCAAACUACUGGAUACAGGUGCAUCGCCUGGAGCACGGGGACGGAGGGAUUCUAGACCUGGAUGACAUCCUCUGUGACGUCGCUGACGACAAGGACAGACUGGUAGCCGUGUUUGACGAGCAGGAUCCUCACCACGGAGGGGACGGUACCAGCGCCAGCUCCACGGGAACCCAGAGCCCAGAGAUCUUCGGCAGUGAGCUGGGCACCAACAGUGUUUCAGCUUUUCAGCCUUAUCAAGCCACAAGUGAAAUUGAGGUCACACCCUCAGUCCUUCGGGCAAAUACGCCUCUGCACGUCCGCCGGAGCAGCGACCCAGCGUUAACCGGCCUCUCCACCUCCGUCAGUGAUAAUAACUUUUCCUCCGAGGAGCCCUCCAGGAAAAACCCCACCCGCUGGUCCACGACAGCUGGCUUCCUCAAGCAGAACACCACUGGAAGUCCCAAAACCUGUGACAGGAAGAAAGAUGAAAACUACAGGAGCCUCCCACGGGAUCCUGGCAGCUGGUCCAACCAGUUCCAGAGAGACAACGCCCGCUCCUCCCUGAGUGCCACCCACCCAAUGGUGGACCGCUGGCUGGACAAGCAAGAACAGGACGAGGAUGGCACAGAAGAAGACGGCAGCCGAGUGGAGCCAGUUGGACAUGCUGACACUGGACUGGAGAACAUUCCCAACUUUUCUCUCGAUGACAUGGUAAAGCUCGUACAAGUCCCCAACGAUGGCGGGCCUCUGGGAAUCCAUGUAGUGCCUUUCAGUGCUCGAGGCGGCAGGACACUGGGGUUGUUAGUGAAGCGCUUGGAGAAAGGCGGUAAAGCUGAGCAAGAGAACCUCUUCCACGAGAAUGACUGCAUUGUGAGGAUUAACGACGGAGACCUCAGGAACAGAAGAUUCGAGCAAGCGCAGCACAUGUUCCGCCAAGCCAUGCGCGCACGUGUCAUUUGGUUCCACGUGGUCCCUGCAGCGAACAAGGAGCAAUAUGAGCAACUCUCCCAACGCGAGAAGAGCAGCUGCUCCCCUGGCCGCUUCAGCCCCGACAGCCACUGUGUGGCCGACAACACACCUCACCCACUGCCCAGAGCACCCAGACUGAGCCAUCCGCCUGAGCAGCUGGAUGCUCUCCCCAGACUACCUCACACCGCUCAGGCCUCAACCAAACCCCCGGCGGCCCCGGCCCUGGCUCCACAGAGUGUGCACGGUGCCACUGUAGGCAGUGUGUACAACACUAAGAAAGUAGGCAAGAGGCUCAACAUCCAGCUGAAGAAAGGUACGGAAGGACUGGGGUUCAGCAUCACUUCCCGAGACGUCACCAUAGGCGGCUCCGCUCCCAUCUAUGUCAAGAACAUCCUUCCUCGAGGGGCUGCCAUUCAAGACGGCAGACUCAAGGCAGGGGACCGGCUAAUCGAGGUCAAUGGAGUAGAUUUGGCAGGCAAGUCCCAGGAGGAAGUGGUCUCCCUGCUGAGAAGCACCAAGAUGGAGGGGACCGUGAGCCUUCUGGUCUUUCGCCAGGAAGAAGCUUUCCACCCAAGGGAACUGAAUACGGAACCAAGCCAGAUGCAGAUUCCAAAAGAAACGAAAGCUGAGGAUGAGGACGUAGUUCUCACACCCGAUGGUACCAGGGAGUUCCUGACCUUCGAAGUCCCAUUGAAUGACUCGGGCUCUGCAGGGCUUGGUGUCAGUGUCAAAGGGAACCGUUCCAAAGAGAACCACGCGGAUCUGGGGAUCUUCGUUAAGUCCAUUAUUAACGGCGGAGCUGCAUCUAAAGACGGGAGGCUGAGGGUGAACGACCAGUUGAUAGCUGUGAACGGAGAGUCUCUGCUGGGCAAAGCCAACCAGGAAGCCAUGGAGACUCUGCGGAGAUCUAUGUCCACCGAGGGCAACAAGCGUGGCAUGAUCCAGCUGAUUGUGGCCAGGCGGAUCAGCAAGUGCAAUGAGCUGCGAUCUCCUGGGAGCCCGGCUGCCCCUGAGCUGCCCAUCGAAAGCGAGCUGGAUGCCCGAGAGCGCAGGAUCUCGCACUCCCUCUACGGAGGGAUUGAGGGGCUGGAAGAGUCGCCCAGCAGGAAUGCCGCACUCAGCAGGAUAAUGGGUAAAUGCCAGCUGUCCCCCACGGUGAACAUGCCACAUGAUGACACCGUUAUGAUCGAAGAUGACAGGCUGCCGGUGCUCCCACCUCACCUCUCUGACCAGUCCUCCUCCAGCUCCCACGAUGGUGGAUUCAUAAUGACGGAGGCCGGCACGUGGGCCAGGGCUGUCAUCAGCGACUCAGCCGACUGCUCUUUGAGUCCAGAUGUUGAUCCCGUUCUUGCUUUUCAACGAGAAGGAUUUGGACGCCAGAUAGCUGACGAGACUAAACUCAAUACAGUGGAUGACCAGAGAGCAGGCUCCCCGAGUAGAGACGUGGGGCCCUCCUUGGGUCUGAAGAAAUCCAGCUCCUUAGAAAGCCUGCAGACUGCCGUCGCCGAGGUAACACUGAACGGGAACAUUCCUUUCCACCGCCCACGGCCACGGAUCAUCCGAGGAAGAGGCUGCAACGAGAGCUUCCGGGCCGCCAUUGACAAGUCGUACGACAAGCCCGUGGUGGAGGACGACGAUGAAGGCAUGGAGACCCUGGAAGAAGACACAGAGGAAAGCUCGAGAUCAGGGAGGGAGUCUGUGUCCACAUCCAGCGAUCAGCCUUCCUACUCUCUGGAGAGACAAAUGAACGGGAACACAGAAAGAAGGGACAGGGCGGAUAGGAAAAAGGACAAAACCGGAAAAGAAAAGAAAAAGGACCGAGAGAAGGAGAAGGAUAAACUGAAAGCCAAGAAAGGAAUGCUGAAGGGCUUGGGGGACAUGUUCAGGUUUGGCAAACAUCGAAAAGAUGACAAGAUGGAGAAAAUGGGUCGAAUAAAAAUCCAGGACUCCUUCACCUCAGAAGAGGACAGGGUGCGGAUGAAGGAGGAGCAGGAGAGGAUUCAAGCCAAAACUCGAGAAUUCAGGGAACGGCAAGCCCGAGAACGUGACUAUGCUGAAAUCCAAGAUUUCCAUCGGACAUUUGGCUGUGAUGACGAGUUGCUGUAUGGGGGCAUGUCAUCCUAUGAAGGCUGCUUGGCUCUCAACGCCAGACCGCAGAGCCCAAGAGAAGGGCACCUGAUGGACACUUUGUAUGCACAAGUAAAGAAACCGCGGAGCUCCAAGCCUGGGGACAGCAAUCGAUCCACUCCUAGCAACCAUGACCGGAUACAGCGUCUACGGCAAGAGUUCCAGCAAGCCAAACAGGACGAGGAUGUGGAAGAGCGGCGCCGUACCUACAGCUUUGAGCAGUCUUGGCCCAACUCACGGCCAACGUCGCAGAGCGGCCGGCACUCGGUGUCAGUGGAGGUCCAAGUGCAACGGCAGCGGCAGGAAGAACGGGAGAGCUUCCAACAGGCCCAGCGCCAGUACAGCUCACUGCCAAGACAAAGCAGAAAGAAUGCCAGCUCCGUGUCGCAGGACUCCUGGGAACAGAACUACGCGCCCGGCGAAGGCUUCCAGAGUGCCAAGGAGAACCCCAGGUACUCCAGUUACCAGGGCUCAAGGAAUGGCUACCUGGGUGGGCACGGCUUCAACGCCAGGGUCAUGCUGGAGACACAGGAGCUUCUCCGCCAGGAGCAGAGGCGCAGAGAGCAGCAGCUGAAGAAGCAGCCCCCGGCUGACGGAGUCAGAGGGCCCUUCCGGCAGGAUGUGCCCCCGUCCCCGUCCCAGGUGGCCAGGCUGAACAGACUGCAGACCCCUGAGAAAGGGCGGCCCUUCUAUUCCUGAGCUCAAAGGAGGGCGGCAGCACUCUGCGUCACGCAAUAAAGGACAUUCUCCCGUGAAGACUUGUGUUCGUGGAGUUUUAAAAAACCUUCGGUGGUACUACGGAACACGUCCGUCGCUGGUAUCAGUGCCUUUAAGCAGCACGAGCAAAGAAAUGGAAGGCCUUAAUGUCUUUGCCACUGCGUCUCAUGGAAGGACACCCCGCCCCCUCCCACCCCCGAUCUCCAAGUUCGAGGCAUCACCCACCAAAUCCCUAAGUUCGAGGCAUCAUCC